AUGUCUGAUUUGACCCAAGAAAUGUCUAACACCGUUGUCGUUGACUCUGAGUUAAUUAAUAACACCGAAGAAAAUGAAAACCCUGUCGCAAUUGUCCAACAAGGCAUUGACAGAGCUAGCUUACCAUCUUUAAAAGAUUUGCCACAAUUAGGCUCCAGUCACGCUUUCGCUAACACUAAAGUCAAUUGGGGUCCAAAUGUCAAGCCAAAUGUUGUUGCCAAUGCAGUUUCUUCUAAUUCCUCUUCUCCUUCCCCAAUCUCUGCUUCCAAGCCAAUGCGUUCCAACUAUGUUCAAGAAGCUUUGACUUUAGAUUUACAAUCUCAGUUAUCCAUCACUAAACCAGAAUUUGCCCGUAUUGUCCAAUCUAUUAAGCAAACUCACAAAGUCUCUCUAGAAUCUACUUUAUCAAAGAAUUCUAGAACUUUUUUGAUUUCCGGUAAGAGGGAAGACGUCCAAGAAGCUAAGAGAGAUUUAGUUAAAAAAAUGACUAGACCAAUUUCAACGAUUUUCGAAAUUCCUUCGAACUGUAGAUCUGCUAUUAUUGGUAAAGGUGGUCAAACCAUUCGUGAGAUUUCUUCCAAAUAUGAUGUUAAAAUUGAUGUCGCUAAGGAAGUUAAUGACAAUUCUUACAAUGAAGAAUUAAAUGACUAUUCUGCCAAUAUCUCUUUACAUGGUGAUGUUGCAUCUGUUAACUUAGCAAAGUUAAGAAUCAUGGACAUUGUUAAGGAAGAAACUAAAAACUCCACAGCUAAAUUCACUAUUGAUAACGAAAAAAUCCUAUCUCUUGUUGAUUUAUCUCAAUUCACAAACCAAAACAGUGAUACUAUCAAAGUUCAAUUUUUCGAAAGAUCUGGUGAUGUUAUUAUCUCGGGUUUACGUGAAGAAGUUAAAGCCACUAAGCAAAAUAUUGAGAACUACUUUAAACAAUUAGAAAAUGAUUCUACGGAAGAAAAAAUUAAAAUUCCAGCUAAGUUCCAAAUUUUAAUUGAUGCUCAAGAAAUCAAGCAAUUGUUCAACGUCAUUGUUACCUUCCCAGAAAAUGUUGAAGAUGAAACUGUUGUUUUCAUUGGUCAACGUAACAAAGUUGCUGAAGCUAUUGCUCAUGCUAGAUCUUCUUCAAAAAGUUACUCUUGCGACACCUUGGAUAUUUCGAAGUCUCACAGUAAGAAUAUCGACCAUGCCAAAUUUUUGGCUUUCUACUUCAACAAGUAUGGUGCUUUAGACUUCAUUAAGAAGGAAUACCCAAAUGUCAAUAUUACUUUACCAAGUACCCAAACUUUAAAAUCUUCCAAUGAUGUUACUAUAAUUAUUUCUGCCAAACAAGAAUACGUUAGUGAUAUUAAAGUUGUUCGCAGAGAAAUUGUAAACCUCGUCAACACUAUUACUCCAUUAGAUACCUUAAUUGUCGAUGACUUAGAUUUCGAGUUAUUCCACAAGGAAGUUAGACAAAUUUUAACCGGCUUAGAAGAAGAGACAAAAUUUAUUCAAGUCGGCGAUUACUUUUCUGGUGAUGAUAGGGUUAUCUUAUUCUGCCUAACUUCCGCUGAUGACUUCAAACCAUCUGCUGAAGAAAUUUUAGAAUCUCUAAAGAAGGCCAACGAUGCCUUGAACCCAUUGCGUCAAAAACAAAAUAGUUUAGAGACUGCCGAGUUUGACUUGGACGACGAAACACAAGAAAAAUUAUUAUCUAAGAAUAGUUUUACCAGAAAUAUUUUAUUAAACGAAGUUUCCAGUAAUGAUAGCAAUAUUCAAAUGAAAUUACAUACCCCAUCUGCCAACAAAUUGUUCAUCAGAGGUAAUGAAAAAGCUAUUAAAAUUGCAAGAAAGGCUGUUAAACUAAUCAUCGACUCCCCCUCUCUAAAGACUAAGAUUUCUUUUGAAGUCCCAGCUAAUACUGUUUCCAGAUUAGUUGGUAACAAGGGUUCUAACUUACAAAGUAUCCGUGAAAAAUUUGAUUGUUCUAUUGAUGUCCCAAACAACGUCGAUUCCAACUCAAAGGAAGGUGUUGAAGUUGUAUUAACCGGUUUAGAAUACAAUUUGAACCACGCUAAAAUUUACGUUCUAAACGAAGCUAAGAAAUGGGCUGACAUUAUUUCUAAAGAAUUAAUCGUUCCUGCUAAAUUCCACCGUAGCAUGAUCGGUUCCCAAGGUGUUUACAAAAACCGUCUACAAGAUAAAUACAAUGUUCGUAUUAUAUUCCCUCACUCAGGAGAUGUCGUUACUAUCAGGGGUCCAUCUCGUGGUGUAUCAAAGGCAUACGAAGAAUUAAAAGCAUUACUCGAUUUCGAAGUUGAAAACGGUUACAAAUCCAUCGUUAAGGUCCCAACCGAACAUGUUGCAAGAGUUAUCGGUAAGAGUGGCGAAACAAUUAACGACAUCAGAGCUGAUUUCGGUGUCGAAUUAGAUUUCUUGCAAAAUGCUUCAGAUGAAAAUGCUGUCAAAGCUGGCUUUGUUGAAUUAGAGAUAACUGGUUCCAGAAGUGGUAUCAGGGAAGCUGAAUCUAGAGUUAACAGCAUUGUUAACGAAGCUUCUGAUUUCACUAAUGAAUCAUUGGUCGUUGAACGUCAAUACCACAGAUUCAUUGUUGGUUCCGGUGGUCAAAACUUGAGAGAUAUCAUUUCUAAAGCUGGUGGUGAUGAAAUUAGAAACAAAUCUAUUCAAAUUCCAAAUGCCGAUUCUAACGAAGAAAUGAUCGUUGUUAGUGGUCCAAAGAAGUUUGUCGAUGCUGCCAUUAAGGAAAUCAAGAAGAUCGUCGAUGACUUCAAAAAGAGAGUUACCAAAGAACUUGAAAUUCCAAACGAUAGACAAGGUGCAUUGAUUGGCCCAGGUGGUAUUGUCCGUAAUCAAUUAGAAAGUGAAUUUAACAUUACUUUAGAUGUUCCUCAAAAAGGUCAAACUGGUAAGGUUAAAAUUUCUGGUUUAGAAGAAAACAUUGAAAAAGCCAUCAAGAAAAUCACAACUGAAAUUCUUAGAGAUAAUUACGAUGUUGAAAUACAAGUCCCAGCCAACGUUCAUGAAUAUGUUGCUGAUCGUGGUUCAUUGAUUCAACAAUUAAGAUAUGACAAUUUCAUUAAUGUUAGACAUGGUAACGACAACAGAAGAGCCACUAAAUUGUCUAACACUGAAAUUGUUAUUCCAAUUGAAAAGGUUGCCGGUGCCGAGACUGACAAGGUUAAGGUUACUGUUGAAGAAGUUUCUUCACCAACCGCUAAUGAAGAAGGUACAAUUUCUUGGAGAUUAACUUACGAACCUUUAGAUGACAUUAUCAUGUUUGAUGGUGAAGAACAAGAACAAACCAAGCCAAAGGAGACCCCUGAACAAAAAGCUGAGAAGAAGAAGGAAGUCAUUGCUAAGGUUACCAAGAUAAUUGAAGACAGAAUCAGUGCUGCUCCAUCUGCUAAUUAUGCUGGUUAUGUUUGGUCCGCUAAUCCAAGAAACUUCAACAAGGUUGUAGGUCCAGGUGGUUCUAACGUUAAGAAGAUCAGAAACUCUACCAACACAAUCAUCAGUGUUCCAAAAAGAUCUGACAAAGUCAACAACGUCAUCUACGUCAGAGGUACAAAAGAAGAUGUCACUAAGGCUACUGAAAUUAUUGUCAAGACAUUAAACUGA